AUGGCAGAGCCAUCCACGUCGAGCUCAAGAUCUGGGGCCUCUUCUCGCUUAAGCUCAACCCAUGUCGGGCGGUCCGAGGCAACUACACUGGACGAGCCCUCCGAAAGGCCUGUCAAGUUCACUCCUGCCAAUAGUUUCGACCUAGAAGAUCACCAGCUUGCUUCUCAGGCGAGCACAAGAACGGUGCCUUGGGGAAGUCGUUUCAGGGCGUUCGUUGCGAAACAUCAAAGGCUACAGCGUAUAUGGCUCUACAUCCGAGGGCCGCGUCCUAAAUCGGACUUGCCAGAUCCCACCCCCUGGUUGAACUUCAACCUAUACACUGGACGCAAGCAGUACGGCGUCGCACUAGAACCCGCACUCAUCCGCUGCACGCGUCCGCUCACGCACCCAUGGCUCUUCGUCAUCUUGGCGGCGGGUUAUAUCAUCGGCUUCGCGUUCUUCGCGCGGGCACAGUCUUUCCUGACGCCGGCGGACUCCUUCAUCGGAUGCACCGCGACGUACUGGGCGGCGUUAGACGGGUGCGGACUGGACGGGGUAAACUGUAUGCCAUUCAGUAACUCUACUUUCGACUUCCGAUGUCCCGCACAAUGCAGCUCCGUCGUGCUGCAGAAUCCCAGGACAGUGGGCGACGAACAAGUGGACUUCGUACCUCUCAUCGUUGGUGGAGGAGAUGCGGAUCACACCUAUCGAGGAGACACGUUCAUCUGUGCUGCUGCUGAGCAAGCUGGUCUCAUCAGCGAUCGCAAAGGUGGUUGUGCAACCCUGGAGCUCGUUGGAAACUUUACGGAUUAUCUUCCUUUCACCGCCCAUGGCCUGACAUCCAUCGGCUUCCCCUCCGUGUUCCCACUCUCGUUCCGAUUCCUGCCCACGACCUCCCUGCAUAGUUGCUCCGACCUCCGCAACGAAGCCUUGGCAUUCAAUGUCCUCAUCACUGCCCUCAUCUUCAUUGUUCUCCGACCUAAAGCCAUAGUCGCAUUCUGGUGUCUCGUGUGCAUCGGCUUCUGGCACGUCGCUCUCUUCUCCCAGCCAAUGGCUAGCCCCCCUCCUCUCGACGACGCCUUCCAGCAAUUCCUGCCUGCGCUAUUCGUAGCAUACGCUUUCUGGCGCCUUGCAUUCCGGUUCACGAUGCCGGCCUUCAGGAAGGCUCCCAUCGAAGCAGCAGUGUGGUAUCUUGGGCCCUUCUGGGUCGGGGUCUUGACGAAUAUAACCAUGGACAAGAUUCCCAUCGACAGACUCACCGCCUCCGAUAUCACGCAGCGCCCUGGCGGUCUUACUGCCCUGAUAAUAAUCGUUCUCAUCCUCCUUGCAAUUGUGAUCAACCAGGUGAGAGUGAUCAGGAAGACAGGUUGGUUGCCGCACUAUCUGGGAUGGUACAUCGCGGGGGGCCUGGUUGUUGUCGUCCUCUCACAGCUGCCAGGCUUGGAACUUCGGAUUCACCAUUACAUUAUCGCCAUGGUUCUCAUGCCUGGAACCGGCUUCCCCACCCGUUUAUCCGUGAUCUAUCAAGGCUUCUUGCUCGGAAUGUUCUUGAACGGAGUUGCUGCUUUCGGCUUUGACUCCGUCCUACAGACCCCCGCCGACCUGCAGCGUGACGCCCCUCUCGGUUCAGAUUUGCCCGCGUUCGUGACGAAUUCGACGACAUACAACGCUUCCAUCCCGCUACAGAACCAGACCAUCUUCUGGAAUUCAAUCCCGGACGGCGAGAACUGGGACGGCUUUGCGCUUCUGGUCGACGACGUCGAGCGAUACGUUGGCUCUGCGCUGAACUACUCCUUGGCGGCGCUGCAACCCGGAAUCAUACACUUCUUUAGGCUCGCAUUCACUAGCGGCGGAACAGCCGGAGAUUUCACCAAGGCGGCUACGCUGUAUCCGAACGGCUCAUGGGUAGACCCUCUUCCUGGACCCUCAUAA